CCUCCUAGCCCAGGAGGGACGUCUAGAGGGGCGGAGCCUCAGCCAUUAAAUCUGAGCUCAGCGGGCUAGCUUCCCCAAGUCCAGUAGCAAGAUGUGUCUGACGCUGGUGCCAUUGGCCCUGUUGGUGCUGCUGCUGCUGGCCGUCGUUCCCAAGACGAGAAGCUCCCAGAACCCCUUCUCCGAGGAUGUGAAGCGGCCACCAGCACCCCUAGUGACGGACAAAGAGGCCAGGAAGAAGGUUCUCAAACAAGCUUUCUCAGCCAGCCGAGUACCAGAGAAGCUGGAUGUGGUGGUGAUUGGCAGUGGCAUCGGGGGCCUGGCCUCAGCUGCGGUUCUGGCUAAAGCUGGCAAGCGGGUCCUGGUACUGGAACAGCACACCAAGGCAGGAGGUUGUUGUCAUACCUUUGGAGAAAAUGGCCUUGAAUUUGACACUGGAAUCCACUAUAUCGGACGCAUGCGGGAGGGUGACAGUGGCCGUUUUAUUCUGGACCAGAUCACUGAAGGGCAGCUGGACUGGGCUCCCAUGUCCUCGCCCUUUGACAUUAUGGUACUUGACAGGCCCAGUGGGCGUAAGGAGUUUCCCAUGUACAGUGGAAGGAAAGAGUACAUUCAAGGCCUGAAGGAGAAGUUUCCUCAUGAAAAAGCUGUCAUUGACAAGUACAUGCAGAUGGUUAAGGUGGUGUCCAGUAGUGCCUUUCAUGCCAUCAUGCUCAAGUUCCUCCCAUUGUCCCUGGCUCAGCUCCUCAGCAAGUGUGGACUGCUGACUCGCUUCUCUCCAUUCCUCCAUGCAUCUACCCAGAGCCUGGCCGAGGUCCUGCGGCAGCUGGGGGCCUCUGCUGAGCUCCAGGCUGUGCUCAGCUACAUCUUCCCUACUUACGGUGUGACCCCCAGCCAUACCACCUUUGCCAUGCAUGCCCUGCUGGUUGACCACUACCUACAAGGUGCCUUUUAUCCCCGUGGAGGUUCCAGUGAGAUUGCCUUCCAUACCAUCCCUGUAAUCCAGCGGGCUGGGGGCGCUGUCCUCACCAGGGCUACUGUGCAGAGUAUACUGCUAGACUCGGCUGGGAAAGCUUGUGGUGUCAGUGUGAAGAAGGGACAAGAGCUGGUGAAGAUCUACUGCCCCGUUGUGAUCUCCAGUGCAGGACUGUUCAAUACCUAUGAGCAUUUACUGCCUGAGAGUGUCCGCUGUCUGCCAGGUGUGAAGCAGCAGUUGGGGAUGGUGCGGCCUGGCUUGGGGAUGUUUUCCGUUUUCAUCUGCCUGAGAGGCACCAAGGAGGACUUGGGUCUGCAGUCCACCAACUACUAUGUUUAUUUUGACACAGACAUGGACAAGGCGAUGGAGCGCUAUGUCUCCAUGCCCAGGGAAAAGGCACCAGAACACAUCCCUCUUUUAUUCAUUGCCUCCCCAUCAAGCAAGGACCCCACUUGGGAGGAGCGGUUCCCAGACCGCUCCACAUUGAUUGCGUUGCUGCCCAUGGCCUUUGAGUGGUUUGAGGAGUGGCAGGAGGAGCCCCAGGGCAAGCGCAGCACCGGUUAUGAGACCCUCAAAAACUCCUUUGUGGAAGCCUCUAUGUCGGUGAUCAUGAAGCUGUUCCCACAGCUGGAGGGGAAGGUGGAAAGUGUGACUGGAGGAUCCCCACUCACCAACCAGUUCUUUCUGGCUUCUCCUCGAGGUGCCACCUAUGGGGCUGACCAUGACCUGGGUCGCCUGCAUCCUCAUGUGAUGGCCUCCAUGAGGGCCAAAAGCCCCAUUCCCAACCUCUAUCUGACAGGCCAAGAUAUCUUCACCUGUGGACUGAUGGGGGCCCUGCAAGGGGCUCUGCUAUGUAGUAGCGCUAUCCUGAAGCGGAACUUGUACACUGACCUGAAGGUUCUUGGCUCAAGAGUCCAGGCCCAGAGGAAGAAGAAGUAGUCUCUUUAGCCAUGAGUCACAGGAACUGCCCUUCUCCCGACUUACCACAGUGUCUCCUGCAGUAGUUGCUUGCAGUUUCUGAUUUAUGUAAAUAAAGAGUUCUUCACCUGGAA